UGGCUCCAUCGUCGAAUUUCUUGUGUAGUGUUACAAAUUACACUUGCAAAAAACGUUUAUUUUUAUAUAAAAAUAUGAGGACACUCGACACUUGAUUUGAUUUUUAACAACCGAUUCAAUCAUCGUUAAUUCGAUAUCACGUAUACGUAGCUGAAAAAAGAAUAUUGCAUUUUUAAUAUAGUUAGAAAAAGAUUUCAAGGAUAAAUUAUAAUGUCAACGCUCAUAAAAAUAUUCAGUAAUAGUUUAGUUUCUCGUACACUUUUAAAACACAAUUUGGAUAUUGUAAAAGUACCGGUACGAGAAAAACAAAUUCAAAUACCUAAGAAACGUCAUCCAAGCUGGCUCCCGAAACAAAACCGUGUUUUGCAUAAUGAACAUAUUACUACAGAAAAUAAUGAGUUUGUUAAAGAAUUUAUACAAUCCAAAUAUGAUUCUCCGCUUAAUAUAAAACCAAUUGAACCAAUCACAAGUUGGAAAAAGGGGCUCAGGAGAACAGGUUUAAUAGCCAAAAAAAUAGGUAUUUAUCCAAUAUGGUUACAAAAUGGGAAAAAAGUUAACUCAACGUUAUUGCAGAUCAUUGAUAAUCAAGUAAUAAAGUAUAUAGCACCAGAAGAUUUUUUCCCAGUAAAAUCCAAACGAACUAUAAUCAAAAACAGACUUGGAUCUCUUGUAGUAGGAGCAGAAAGUUCGGACCCACAAUUGUUUAGAAAAGAAUAUUGCAAGUUAUUCGAAAAUUCUGGAGUCAUGCCGAAACGUAUAAUAAUGAGAUUUAUGGUUUCGCCGGAAGCUGCGCUACAACCCGGUACACCUUUAUAUGCGUCUCAUUUUAAGCCAGGCGAGAUUAUUGAUAUACGUGCAAAAACGAUAGACCGUGGUUUUCAAGGAGUCAUGAAAAGAUGGGGUUUCAAAGGAAUGCCUGCUUCUCAUGGUGUAACUAAAACUCAUAGAAGACCAGGGAAUAUUGGUUGUGGUGGAAAAAUGGCUCGUGUAAUGCCAGGUACUAAACUACCUGGUCACAUGGGUAAUCGGUGGCGCACAAUUAGAGGCUAUAGGAUUUUACGAGUAAAUACAAAAUAUAAUGUAAUUUGGGUAAUGGGUCACAACAUACCUGGAGAAACAAAUACUUUUUGUUAUUUAUACGAUACGAUUCUACCCACUAGAAAGUCAAAAAUUCCGCCAUAUUUCCCAACUUAUUUACCCGAUUUUAACAAAAAACCAAUACCAGAGGAUUUAUAUGCAGAUGAUGUACAUCCAUUCAAAGCACCCACAAUUCAAUUUAGCGAAGAAUCAUAAAUGUAUUAUAAAGUAAUCAAAUAAAGAUAUAUAAUGUCAAAAUAAA